AUGACCACUAUCAGGGCACUCAUAGCAACUGCAGUAAAAAAAUAUUGGAGAAUCUUUCAACUUGAUGUAAAUAAUACCUUCCUCCAUGGGGAUUUCCAUGAGGAAGUGUACAUGGAUUUACCUCCUGGCCUAUUGGUUGAUGCACUUGGACUAGUGUGCAAGCUGAAUAAAUCACUACAUGGCUUGAAACAAGCCAAUUGGCAGUGGUAUGCUAAACCAGCUGAGGCUCUAUGCUCCAAAGAAUAUGUUCACUCCCUUAAUGACUAUUCUGUUGGAAGUUUUCUACAGGGAAGAUGGUGCCAUAAUCAAAGGAAGUUUGCACUUGAUCUACUGAAGGAGUAUGAGUGCCUUCAUUGUAGUGCUUUCAGUGGACCAUUGGAUCCUAAUGUCAAACUCAGAGCCAAGGAAGGUGUGCCCCUAACAGAUCCUUCUACCUACAGGACCCUGAUAGCUUGUCCAGACUUUAGGAAGUCUGCUAGUGGGUAUUUGGUACUUCUUGGUGAUAGUUCAAUCAGUUGGAAGUCUAAGAAAUAG